UGUGGGAUGCACGAUGAUGCUUGUUGGACGUCCGUCUUUGCUCCGUGAGCUGCUGGGGUGAUUAUUAAUUCGAUAAGGCUGCCGUGAUAAAAUAUUAAAUCAGCUUUUCUUAAUAAUCACUGCAUUUUGCCCCAUCUGGACAAGGCUCUGUCACUCACCCACCCACCGAAGGUUAUUUCUGCUCCUGAUAAUCAACACUGCAAUAAACCUUUGAACUGCACGUCUGUAUUUAUGCCCGCGAGCAAAGAGCAAGCUGCUGCUGCUGCUGCUGCUGCUGCUGCUUCUGCUGCUCGUGCCACUUUAGACGUCCUCCACAACGGGACGACCGCCUGCAAACAUGGAUCGUAAAGAUGGAGUCUUUCUUCGGAGGCCGUGAAGAAAGCAGAGAGGACGUUACAAAACGUAAAGGCUCCAAAGUCAAGUCUCUGAAAACUCGUUUCUUCAGGAGGGGCAAGAAGACGGACGCAGAGGCAGAUGCCAAGAUCAGCCAGUCGGCCAGCGAUAUCAUGGCUGGAAUAGCUCUGGGUUCUGACGAGGAUUUAGCUUCUCAGGGUACGAUGGGAUCCCGAGCGUUUUCCCAUGACAGCAUCUUCCUGGCUGAUGAGGUUUCCUCGGACCCUGAUCCAGUCGGGGGUUUGUCUCAGGAGAAUGUUCACAGCAAAAUCAAAUCUCUGCAGAUGAAACUCCAGCUGCAGAAAAUGCAUUUCGGGCCGCCCCCCAUGGUUCUGCCGGUCAGGAGUCCAGAGGAAACGGCUCAACAGUCGGAGGACUUUCCUUUCCCCGGCUCUCUUGAAACCUCAGGAGAGGGAUCCCUCACGACGACAACAUCAACCUCUCCUCCAGUCUCACCCAUCUCCAGAUUGGCCCAAACAAGAUCUCCGCCCCAAAUUCCCCUUCCUCUCUUUGGACCCAACUCGUCCUCGACACCUACAGCCGAGGCCCCGGUAGACUUCAGCACACCGGCCGAAUUCACCGCCUCUUUGGAUACGUCUGCCGCCCGCCACAGGAUGUCCAUCAAACCACGAAACCAGCGGGUCAGCGUUAAGAAGAGGCCGUCUUCCGGGUCUCAAUCGGAGUCCCCUAAAAACGACCUCAAAACCCCUGACCGCUUCGAGCUUGAGCCAGAGAAAGAACAGGAGGUCGAUGCUCAAGAGAAGGAGGCGGAGGAGACGGAGAAAGGACAGGUCCAUCUUUCCCAGCUUUCUCCCCAAACAUCUGAAGAGGUUUCACCCGUUUCCUGUCAGGUUGCGCCCAAAUUACCCAGUGAACGUUUUGCCCAAGUGGACAGUGUCCCCCCUGAGACAGAACCCUUCCCGGUUCUUCGACCCAAGCCUCCCAGGCGCCUGGACGCGUUGCACAGUAAACGGCCGCACUCGUCUUACGUCGAGUCAGAAAUAAAGGAGUUGAAGGGAGCCGAUCUGGAAGGCCGGGGGACGUCCCAAAGCAAGAGAAGUGCUUUUUUUGCCAGCAUGACCGAUGUGUCCUCUGAGAGGCCUUCGCCGUUCAGCUCAUUGUUGGCGUCCAGGGCGUCUUCCGCUCAACAGCAGCAGCCUCAGAGGGACGAGGACACCUCCACAAGGAUAAAGAGGCCGUCGCCGGGAUCUGGCUCUUUUCAUCUGUCCAGAAACCGGGAGGAGGACAGACCUCGGUCGGGCAGUUUCACGGGAGUCCCGGAAAAGCCCGAAGCCAAGACUAAAACGUUUUGGGGAGCGGAAGAGAAGAUCACGAGAGAAAAGGAGGAACCGAAAAGCUUACAGUCUAAAGGGAGCCUCUAUGCUGCGGAGAGAACCGGGGGCUCGUCCCUUCCGUGGGAGAGAGAUUUCAGCUUUAAGAAAGCAGAGCCCGUGUCACCGGCCAAAAACGGCCCCUCAGACAUGAGCGCCGUGGAGGCAGAGGGAGUGGACGGCGCCCAGGGGCAGGGGGACGAGGCAGAGGAAGCGCAGGAGCUUCCAGAGGGCGAGCCAAGGUCGCCGUUUGGCGUCAAGCUUCGCUCCACGUCGCACUCGUUCAAGUUCCGCUCUGAGACGGCUUCUCAGCGCCGUUCGUCGCCGUCCGACUACCAGGAGGAGAGAAAGAAAAGGCAGAAUGUGGGCAACAGCUCCGGUCAGGUGUCUGAAAAGCUGCCUUCAAACACGAGCUGCGUGCUCAAAUCAGCACAUCAAGCUCCUUCUGGCGUCACCCUUCCAGUCAGGCGUAACGCUUCGCUUGAGGAAAAUCCUCACACCACUCCCACAGAAGUCCAAACGACCUCCUCACACCCAGGCCAAGCAGAGACGGCCCCCCCGGAGACUCCCCCCACCCCCCAGACAUCCUCAUCCGAGGCGUCCUGGAUGAGUCUGGCCAUGGAAAAGACCAGGAGCAUCCAGCAGCUCUUCACCAGCAGGUUUCAAAGAGAUUUCACUGGCGCACAAAACGCAGCCCGGCCUAAGAGCCAAGAAGAGACAUUGGCUGGGUCCCAGGUGCCGGCCCAGGCAGUGAAGGUUCAGCCAUCGUCUGACACGAUGAAAGAAGAAGCUGCUCAAAGCGGUAGUCAAGAGCAAGCUGGCAAACUGCAAAAGAAGAGGAUGCUGAUAUCUCAGUUUGAGUCGUACAGCCCUAGAGAGUCUCCAGUAUCCAGACAAACGAGCCAGACGCUGCCCAACAGAGCUCCACCAGACGCCACCCUGUCUCCUCACGCAGGGACCACGUCCCCGUUUACACGAGGGAAUGCACCCCAGUUGCUUCCGCAGUCUUCCCAAUCCUCAGCGGAGCAGCCGGCCUCCUGGAGCAAUCGCGGCGUCCAGCUCACCGCUGCACCUCCAGCUGUGGAGUCAGCGCCUGCAGCCCCGUCAGCUGCAGCUCCCCUAGACUCUUCCCCGGAGAGACGAGAAAGAGAAGCCAGCUUUCUGACAGAAACGCCGUCCCUCGUCAGCAAGCGGGUACUUUGGACUGGAUCAGUGGCCGACAGGGCGGCCUUUCUGGAGAAACGGGCCGAGCACUCAACGUCGGCGUCGCUGAAGGAGGUGGAACCGAAGAAAGCUCAAACACAGACUUCGGGGGACGCUGACACUCUGGCUAAACUUUUGCCUCUAAGCAAAGCUGCGGGGGAAAUAAGACAAGUGGCAAAAUCAGCAGAAUCGAGCCCCUCCAGGGUUUUAGAAAGGCCUCGUGAGGACAAAUGGCCCCGGAAAACCGAGGAGUCGCCCUCAUCCCCUUCUUCUUUACGCACUCAUUCAUCAGUGCUGCAGUCUGACAGCGGCCAGCCGUCCUGGAUGGAGCUCGCCAAGAGGAAGUCAAUGGCUUGGAGCGAUAAGAGCAUGGACUGAGAGGGGAAACGGAGAGAUUUACAAGCUCUGGAAACGAGAACCAAGUGCUGCUUCUACUGCGAGAAUGAGACAAAAAAGUUGAGUGAAGCUGCCUGGAAGGUGUUGAUCAGAUGUGGUGGAAACCGUUUGACUUUGUUUUCAUCUAAUCACAAAGUUUUAUUAUUUUAGGAACAGAGAGAGAGACAUAUAAAUUAAACUUUCAUUAUAAUCCCACUUUAUGACAGGAUGUUGUGUUUAUUAAUAAUUUUGAAUGAUAUUCAGCAGUUUACUGCUGUAACAUGUUUAUGCAAAACAAUAAAAAAUUUCUUAAAUUA